CACAAGACAUCCACAAAUCUGUUGAACAUUAGAGACUGCAUUGAAAUGUACCAUGGUAUGUCGCUUUUUCCACGAUCUGGAAGACUGCAUGGCUACUUUGCAGAAACACUCUUGUCAUCCAGCUCUUGUUGUCUUCAUCUCCAAUUCCGUCAGUGCAGCGAUAGCGCUAGUCUAUAGUCGCAAUGGUCGUCUUCCCUCGCAAAUCGCUCGGCAAUCACGAUGGCUGCACCUGUGAAGCACUCAGCUGCUGAGUAUCGUGCUCACAAGGCAGUGAUCUGUAUAGAGUCUCGCUUCUUUCACAAGGCUUUCACUGGUAACUUUAAGGAGGCCUCCGAUAAUAUCAUCGAGCUCCAUCAUGACCCCGCCGACCACUUCGAGUCCCUCCUCAAGUACAUCUGCACCAACAAUUACGACCGGGAACUUAUCGAGAAACUCGCUAGGAACAACGCGACAGCUAUGAUCACUGAGGCGAUAGGCAUCUACAUCGUCACCGAUAAAUACCAGUUCGACACGGUGCCUGAUCUCACGCUACAGCACGUCAAAGCAGUUCCCCUUGGCUCCAAAGACCAGCAAAAGAAUGCUACGCUGCUCUCGGCUGCAUUGCAGAGACACUACAGCGCGAGGUCUGGUACGGGCACUGUCAUGGGCAACCGUUUUGUAGCCAUCAUCCUCGAGUCUCAGCAAGAUUUCACAAAUUCGAAGGCGUUCGAUUAAGUGCUGGAGGAUUAUCCGCAUCUUGCCGUAGACACUACUGAGGCUAUGAAGAAGAAGAGGAAGAGGCGACUUAGCAUUUAUGAAUCCAUCUGCUGCCCGAAGUGCAAGUAUGGUUAGACGGUCAAUACCAAGGAUCCCGCAUUAUCUGGUACUUACUGGGUGCAUUGUCAAAAAUGCGGUCAGAUGGCGUUUGAAUGCGGCGUACGAUGAUCAGUAGC